CAGCCCCGUCUAGCGCUGACGUCAGACCGUCUGCCUGCCUCCGACCGCGGUCUCGGAGCGAAACCCGAUCUCCUUGGACUUGAAUGAGGAGGAGGCGGCGGCGGCGAAGGAGGAGGCGCUCGGCUGGGGGAAGCCAGCAGCAGAGGCUCAGCCCCGGCGGCACCGCGCGCCCCGGCUGCCAGCCCAUUUCCCGGACGCCACCCGCGGGCACUGCCGACGCCCCCGGGGCUGCGGAGGGGCGGCCGGGGGGCGCCGGGGAGUGCGGCCCCGCUCACUGAGUCCCGCGGCGCCCCGGAAACUUGGCGGCGUCCCGAGCCCGGCGAGCCGGGGCGCGCCUUCCCCGCCGCGCGCCUUCUGCAUGCGGGGCCCGAGCACCGGGCGCCGGCCGGAGCCCCCCCCGGCCGCCCCCGUGCCCCCUGCGCCCCGCGCUGCGCCGCCACGCCGUCCAUGCACCGCUUGAUGGGGGUCAACAGCACCGCCACCGCCGCCGCCGGGCAGCCCAAUGUCUCCUGCACGUGCAACUGCAAACGCUCUUUGUUCCAGAGCAUGGAGAUCACGGAGCUGGAGUUCGUUGAGAUCACCAUCAUCGUGGUGGUGGUGAUGGUGAUGGUGGUGGUGAUCACCUGCCUGCUGAGCCACUACAAGCUGUCCGCGCGCUCCUUCAUCGGCCGGCACAGCCAGGGCCGGAGGAGGGAAGACGCCCUGUCGUCGGAAGGAUGCCUCUGGCCCUCCGAGAGCACAGUGUCAGGCGGCGGAAUCCCAGAGCCCCAGGUCUACGCCCCACCGAGGCCCGCCGACCGCCUGGCCGUGCCUGCCUUCACCCAGCGGGACCGCUUCCACCGCUUCCAGCCCACUUACCCCUACCUGCCGCACGAGAUCGACCUCCCGCCCACCAUCUCGCUGUCGGACGGCGAGGAGCCGCCCCCCUACCAGGGCCCCUGCACCCUCCAGCUGCGGGACCCCGAGCAGCAGCUGGAGCUGAACCGCGAGUCGGUGCGCGCGCCCCCGAACAGAACCAUCUUCGACAGCGACCUGCUCGGCAGCGCCGUGCUGGGAGGGCCCUGUCCCCCCAGCAGUAACUCGGGCAUCAGCGCCACGUGCUACGGCGGCGGCGGGCGCAUGGAGGGGCCGCCGCCCACCUACAGCGAGGUCAUCGGGCACUACCCCGGGUCCGCCACCUUCCAGCACCAGCAGAGCAGCGCGCCGCCCGCCUUGCUGGAGGGGACCCGGCUCCACCACGCACACAUUGCGCCCCCAGAGAGCACGGCCGCCUGGGGCCACGAGAAGGAUAAACAGAAAGGACACCCCCUCUAGGGGUUCCCGGGCGGGGCCGGGGCAGCGGUGGGGAAAGAGGCGAAACACUCCGCACUUCUAAAAAAGAGAGAGGAGGAGGGGGGAGGACACACCGAAACCGCGGGCAUCACCAUCCCCUCCCCCACCUCUCUGUGUAUAAAUAUUUACAUGUUCUGUCUGGUCUGAAUGCACAAGCUAAGAAAGCUUGCAAAAAAAAAAAAACCUCACAAAAAAAAAAAACCAUGUUUCUUUGUUGAGCUGUGUCUUGAAGGCAAAAGAGAAAAAAGAUUCUACCCUAGUCUUUUCUGUUCCUAACUGACCUGCGUGAACGCUUCCCUUCUGUUUGUUGAUGAUGACUUAACUUUAAAGACAUUUGCACAAAACCUUUGUUUAAAGAUCUGCAAUAUUAUAUAUAUAUAAAUAUAUAUAAAGUAAGAGAAACUGUAUGUGCGAGGGCAGGAGUAUUUUUGUAUUAGAAGAGUCCUA